AUGGAAGGCUCUGCGAAUUCCAAGGAGAUAGCCCCAGCGAGUGCAGGUUGGACAGUUGAUUACAUCAUGGACGUGGAUCUUAAAAGUAAAGACGGCACCGACAUUCCUCUUUACAACAAGAACCUGAGGUACUGUGACGGUGACUCGACGCAAGUAGCUCUCUGCCAACAGGUCGGGGACAAGUCGGAACGCUUUGUCGCAGAAAACGAGGACUACUGGCUGUUUCACAUUCAUUCUAACCAUGCCGAUUUUGAAAUCGCCAUUGGAGGCGAGACUCCGGUGCUGGUGAACUCGAAGCCGAACUGGAAGAAGUGUUCCGACGAAGACACCGAUGUCAUCUGGAAAUCAUGCAAGUGGGAAGAUCCGUCAAGUACCAUGCAUGAUCUAUGGUUCAAAUCAUGGGUUGCCUUUGAAGACGAGGCGAAAGGGCAAUUCGAUCGUUUUGUGGCUGUCCGAUGUCCGAAAAUGGACAACCCGGCCAUUACGAUCAAGGGCUCGGGACAUUUUGCUUGCCUUCACUGGGUGGGCCUGUUUCUCAAAACGACCACCAACGACACCAACAAGUUCAUUACCGUGAGAACUACCAACAGAUUGCUUCCGGAAUAUGGCGAGCGCAAUAGAACCGCAGGCUAUGACUGGUUCAGUGAGGAUGGACCUGCCGACGUCACAAACCGCACUCUCACCCUCUUCCCCAAACAAUUGUACGGCACCAACGGCAAUGACCCGGGCUUAUACAAUCGGUUUGUUACCAUCGAUCCAGACAACCUCGUGGGUCAAAAGCAUUUUGAGCUCGUCCGCUCCAUGGUGGAGCAGAAGUCCGCAUUGUCUGCCUACAAAUAUACGUGGCAUGCCAGCGGAAGGACCUUGAUCAAAACAUCCCAAGACGACCAACCGGAUAUCUUUCCAGUUAGCAAGAUUAAUUAUGUCACUGGCAUUAAAGUGACUCCAAAGACGGUAAAUGGUUGGGCGGUGCUUCUCACUAUCUUCACGAGUGUAACCAAAAUCACAGUUGGGCUGUUCACCGCCAACUUUGCCAGCAUCGUGGGGGGUAUUUUCGACUUGACGGAUGUAUUCGAUGAGAAAAAAAUGAGAGAAAACGCCGAUUUGAAGGGCUUUGUCACAGCUGCUGCCGAGGCGGUAGACGAUUACAACAAGAAAUUUCCUGGGGACAAGAAAGAGAAGCCCAACACCUCCGAUGUCCCUGCGAUCAAGCUGGAGAUCCACAACAAGACGGUUUUGAAUAUGCACUUUGGGACCUCCCAUAACGGUACCAAGACAAACGCAUAA